UUAACAGCAAAAUGUUGAAGUCUUUUUCAUUAAUAGCCACCUUUAUUUGUGUAGUGAAUCUUGCAUUCGUCUCAGGGAAUCAAAGGUACAAGCGAUGCAGGGAAAACGAAGUUUUAUCCAACUGCGUGAACCGUGUGUGUGAAUAUCGAAGAUGCUCCGAACUUAGUGAACCAUUAGAAAGCGUGGUGAUUGAUCCAAGUCUCUGCAAAAAAGGAUGUAUUUGCAAAGACCAGUAUUUAAAAGCGGAGAACGGAACAUGCAUACCAGUAAACCAAUGUCCAAAUGCACAAUGCGGGGAAAACCAAGUUUUUGACAUGUGUCCACCAACGUGUCCAACUGAAGAAUGUGGUAUGGACCCAAGUCUUAUAUUUUGCUUGGUGCCAAAUCCAGAGCCUGGUGAUCCAAGAUGCCAACCUGCUUGCCGAUGUAUUGAUGGUUACUGUAAAAAUAGAAACGAUGAAUGCAUUCCACAAGAUGAAUUUUACCUGUGUGGGGAAAAUGAAGAACCAACGACGUGUAUAGAAGCCGUUUGUGAACGAAGAACCUGUUCUGACCUUCAAGAACAAAGUAUCAAAUGUGUGGAUCCAAACGUUUGUACAAAUGGAUGUCUUUGUAAGGAUGGAUAUUUAAGAAAUGCUGAAGGGGAAUGUGUACCAGUUGAUCAAUGUCCAGUAAAAUGCGUUGGCCCUAACGAAUAUCUAUCGGAUGUCGGCUCGAUUGACGAAGAUUGUCGAUGUGUAGAAGGAUACACUCGUGAUGAUAACAAUAAUUGCGUCCCUGUACCCUGCCCUCAAGAUUCAUGUGGGGCAAACGAAAUACCAACUUCAUGCUUCGAAGCCAUUUGUGAACCUAGAAACUGUUCGGACCUUCUGAAAUCAAUUCCAUGUGUGAGACUGGACACAAAGUUUUGCACUAAUGGAUGUCUUUGUAAGGAAGGAUAUUUAAGAGCUGAAAACGGAACUUGUGUACCUAUUGAUCAAUGUCCAGGUAUUCAAUGUGGAUGUAAUGAAAUCUACGAUUCAUGUCCACCACUAUAUCCGGGUGAAAACUGCGGUGUAGAUCCAAGUGUCAUGCUAUGCCUACCUAAUCCGGAACCCGGUGACCCAUUCUGUACACCUGGCUGUAGAUGCAAAGACAACUAUUUUAGAAAUGACAAUGGUUUCUGUGUACCUCGAGAUCAAUGUCCAAAAACUCCAACUGUCAUUUGUGGCCCUGAUGAAGUACCAACAGACUGUGUCAACGGUGGAUGUGGCAUAUGGUACUGUGCACAAACACAAGAAAUUUGCAACCUUAUGCUUGACGAUGAUUGUAAAGAAGGAUGCCACUGCAAAGAGGGAAUGCUUAGGACAGAAAACGGAACAUGCGUUGCUGCGGAUCAGUGUCCACCUAAAUGUGAUGGUCCGCAUGAAUACUUUUCCUGUGGAAGCGCUUGUGACAACGUCUGUGCCACCUUGAAGAUACAAAAUAAAACAAAUUGCCCCAUCACCAACAAAAAAUGCAACCCAAAGUGCUAUUGCCAAGAAGGUUACGCUCGUGAUAGUAACAACAUAUGCAUACCAAUAAGGAAGUGUCCUCCCCCUGUUUGUGGUAUUAAUGAAGUUUACGACACCUGUAUAGCCCCCUGCCCUCCACGACGAUGUGACGUCGACGAAAGAGUUAUCAGGUGUCCACGCCCUCCACAACCUGGUGACCCAAAUUGCCAGUCUGGAUGUCGAUGCGCUGAUGGUUUCUAUAGAAAUUAUGAAAAUGUUUGCGUCCCUAAAAGCGAAUGCCCGAUUUGCCCAAAGAACGAAAGACCAACGUCAUGUAUUCAGGCCAGAUGUGAACAAAGAAACUGUUCUGAUCUUAUGAAACCAGUUGCAUGCGUGAGAAUUGAUACAAAGUUCUGUACCAAGGGAUGCCUUUGUGAUGACGGAUAUUUAAGAGCUAAGAAUGGAACAUGUGUCCCUGUUAAUCAAUGCCCAGAGGCAAAGUGUGGAUUCAACGAAGUCUUCGAUAUUUGUCCAUCAACAUGUCCAGGUGAAAAAUGCGGUGUUGAACCAAACCUUGUUUUAUGCUCGCCGAAUCUAGAACCUGGUGAUCCAAGCUGCCAACCAAGAUGCCGAUGUGUCGAUGGAUAUUUAAGAAAUAACAAUGGCAAAUGCGUUCCAAAAGAUAAAUGUCCUAAGCCACCAGGUGUUAUAUGUGGAGCUGAUGAAGAUUACAAUAGCUGUGAGAAUGGUGGUUGCGGGAGAUGGAAGUGUUCCCAGCCGGGAAUUAUAUGUAUAGACUUAAUUGAAGGGGCUUGCAGAGAAGGAUGUCGAUGCAAAAAAGGGAAGCUGCGAGCGGCUAAUGGAACGUGCAUUCCUGCUGAUCAGUGCCCUCUUAAUUGUUAUGGAGAAAAUGAAGUCGCCGGCUGUAAAAGUACGUGUCCUCAAACAUGUGAAAGUAUCGGGAAAAAAUACUCAUGCCCGUUACAACCUGCAGUUUGCACACCUGAAUGUCGUUGCAAACAAGGUUAUUUCAGAAACAAACUUAACGAAUGCAUAUCAAAGGAUGAUUGUUUAAAAUGUACUGGCCCCAAGGAAUAUUUUUCCUGCGGCGGGGCAUGUGAUAACGUUUGUGCUACCUUAGCAGUACAGAACCAAACUGUCUGCCCCAUUGUUAAUAUUGUAUGCAAUAAAAUGUGCUAUUGCGAGGAAGGAUACGCUCGCAAUGAGAACAACACUUGUGUUCCUAUAUCGGAGUGUCCACCGGUCUGUGGAAUAAAUGAAAUCUUCGACAAUUGUCCGGCUACAUGUCCACCUCAAACUUGUGAUGCCUUAAAUAGAGCUUAUAAAUGUAAGGCUCCGCCGAAACCUGGCGACCCAGAAUGUAAACCUAGUUGUCGAUGUACCGACAACCAUUAUAGAAAUGAUAAAGGUGUUUGUGUUCCCAGAAAUCAAUGUCUUAAUUGCAAUGGUCAAAACGAAGUUAAAGGCUGCAGAAGUGUGAGCCCUCAGACAUGUGAAAGUAUCGGAAAAUGUCCAAUAAAGACACGUCUAUCAGUUUGUAUUCCAGAAUGUCGUUGUAAAGAAGGUUAUUUUAGAAACAAAAUUAACCAAUGUAUUUCGAGAGAAGACUGUCUUAAAUGUACUGGCCCCAAUGAAUAUUUUUCAUGUGGUGGAGCAUGUGACAAUGUUUGUUCUACACUAGCAGUACAAAACCAAACCAUAUGCCCCAUUGUAAACAUCGUUUGCAAUAAAAUGUGCUAUUGCGAAAAAGAAUACGCUCGCGACAACAACAACACUUGUGUUCCUAUAUCGCAGUGUCCUAAACCGGUCUGUGGGAAAAAUGAAAUCUUUGACGAGUGCCCGGCUACAUGUCCACCUGAAACUUGCGUUGCCUUAAAGAGAGCUUAUAAAUGUGAAGCUCCUCCAAAACCUGGCGACCCAGAAUGUAAACCUAGUUGCCGAUGUUCCGACAAUCAUUACAGAAAUGAAAAAGGUGUUUGUGUUCCCAGAAAUCAAUGUCUUAAUUGCGUUGGCCGAAAUGAAGUUAAAGGCUGUAAAAGUGUGCAUCCACAAACAUGUGAAAGCAUGGGGAAAAAAUACCCGAUUGACCAAAUAACACGGAUAUCAGUAUGCAUUCCAGAAUGUCGUUGUAAAGAAGGUUAUCUUAGAAAUAAAAAUUAUCAAUGCGUAUCAAAAGAAGACUGUGAUACUGAUACAAAUAAUGAGCUGAAGCAAUUUGAACAAGGGAACGUUGCCUUCACUGAAAAGUUUCUUUAUGAAGCUGCAAAAGCUAAUCCAGGAGUGAGUUUAAUUUUUUCACCAUUUAGUGUUCUGUUUCUUCUGGCACAAUUAGCACUUUAUGCUAAGGGGAUUUUACUGGAACAGCUUUUAGGAAUUUUAAAUUUGGAAUCAAAAGCUAAGAUUCGUUCAUUUUUGCCGUACUAUUUGGAUACACUAAGUGAACAAAAGAAUGUCACUUUUGAUCUGGCAGAAAAAAUUUUCGCUACUGUAAAACUAGAGUUAUCUGAUGAUUUUAAAAGAGAUACAAAGGUCGUAAUGAAAGCCGAAGCCCAAAAUGUAGAUUUUGGCAACGCAAACGAAGCAGCUAAUAUUAUAAAUAAAUGGGUGGAGGAGAAGACAAAACAUUUAAUCAAAAACCUUGUAUCGCCAGAUUCAUUCGACCGCGAUACAGUUUUAGUACUAGUAAAUGCUUUGUACUUCAAGGGAAAUUGGAAGAAACAGUUCAAUCCAGAUAAUACAAGAUUUCAAGACUUUCAUGUUACUGAAAACAAAAAAGUGCAAGUUAAUAUGAUGAGCCGAACGGGGUCAUACAAAUACGCUGAAAUUAGUGAUAUAGACGCUCAGGUUAUUCAGUUGCCAUACGAAAGUGCCAACUUUUCCUUUAUGGUGUGGCUACCUAAGAAAAAAAUAAAUGGACUUAACAUUAUGCUUGAUAAAUUAAAAGACUCAAACUACGAGUAUCCCUUGAGUAACAUUUUGAGCAAUUUGAAAUCAGUUAAUCUAGAUUUGUCAUUGCCAAUUUUUAAUUCUUCAACAACAACAGAUCUGAAAGACAUGUUAUCUAAGGCUAAUGCGGGAGCACUCUUCAAAGCUACUAAUUCGGACCUAACCGGUAUAUUUAAAGAUCCAGUACCAACUUACGUCUCGAGUGCGACGCAAAAAGCUAUAAUAAUUGUCAGUGAAUCAGGAUCAGAAGCUGCCGCGGCUAAUGCUGUCAUGGUAGGCGUUACGUCAGCUCAAGUGAAUCGAAGAAUCGAAUUUAUUGCCGAUCAUCCUUUUAUAUACUAUAUUUUAUAUAAAGGCACUCCGAUUUUCUGUGGAAUUUAUUUUGCAGAUGUUUAACUUCCUAAAAUAGUUUUAUCAAUAUUCUAUUGUUACCGUUACCUUUUCUUUCAGUUUUUACCAUAGAGAGCUAAAUAAAGUGAUUGUCUUAUAAUUGUAAAACAAUAAAAAUAAAUGUUCUAAAAUUCUUCAUUUAAUAUAUGUGGUUCUCAUUAAACGAGCUCCAAAUUUCAUUUUUAGCUAUCGGUGUACGUGCUUCAGCGGCUGUUAUACCUGUGGACAACGUUAUAUUUAAAGCUGACCAUCCAUUUAUUUACUUUAUAUUAUACAAAGUUACUCCUAUAUUUUGUGGAAUAUAUGUAGGGUCAUAAUUUAAU